AUGGUACUUAAGGUCUUCUUCCCAUCAUGCUGCUCCUCGGCAGAAAGUGGCAUCUUGGUCGGCCGCUGGCUCUCGGAGCAGAACUCUGCUGUCAUCCUUGCUGUGGUGCAUUUCCCUUUCAUUCCUGUCCAGGUGAAGCAGUAUCUCAGUGAAGUCCAACGGGUAACUAAAGUCAGUCUUUCUGUGCUCGGCUCCUGGAGCAACAGCAAACAGGAGACAGAAGAAAAUCUCAGUAAAUUCUUGGAAGACCUUGGCACAAUAUUCUCCCAUGAGCCAUGGAUUCAGAUUAGCAAAGAGGGAAACAGCAAAUUCUGGAGCUGUUCUACUCUUCAGAAACACAGUAACAACCCUAAGGAGGAAGAAGUCAUCUUAAUAUACUAUGACCAGCGCAAAGUCAUGCUUUCCCAUCUGCAUCCCCCUUUGGACACAGCUACCUCCACUGACCAUGAUGCUUCAAAGCUCUCUGCCAUCUUCCACACAGUUGCAAAGAGUAAGAUACUCUUCAUGACAGACAGGUAUGACGACGGGCCCAUCAAGCUGACCCACUGGCAGUCAGAUGGCGUUGAAGCCAGUAUCAUCGUGGAGCUGAUGAAGCAGGCCUCUGUGCCUGCAUGCCUGGCUUUAUGCCUCCUGCUUGACCUUCUAAACACAUUCCCAUGGUGUUUCUGCAGGGUACUCAAGUUUUGGCCUUUGUCUUUCUUAUGGAGCAAACUCUCAACUUGUGAGCAGCUGGGACAUCGCCUCCAGCACCUCCAGGUCAUCAGCAGCAACAAGAAGGCUCAAACCCAGACUCAGUUCAUGAGGAAAGCCAACAUCUUUGUCUCUCUGCUGAUUGAUGUGGCUCUGGGGAUACUACUGAUGUCCUGGCUGUACAGAAAGAACCGAAUUGGUCACCUUGCUGACACUCUCAUCCCAGUGGCUGAUCAUGUAGCUGAAGAGCUCCAGGACCUGCUUCAGUGGCUAAUGGGAGCUCCAGCUGGACUGAAAAUGAACCGAGCUUUGGAUCAGGUUUUGGGACGCUUCUUCCUUUACCACAUCCAUCUUUGGAUAAGCUACAUACACCUGAUGUCCCCAUUCAUUGAGAUGAUCCUCUGGUAUGUGGGUCUGUCGGCUUGUCUGGGCCUGACCGUGGCUCUCUGCAUCCUCUCUGACAUCAUUGCGCUUCUGACCUUCCACAUCUACUGCUUCUAUGUCUACGGAGCCAGGCUCUACUGCCUGAAGAUUUAUGGCCUGUCAUCGCUCUGGCGCUUGUUCCGUGGGAAGAAGUGGAACGUCCUUCGGCAGCGGGUGGAUUCCUGCUCCUAUGACUUGGACCAGUUAUUUAUUGGCACUUUGCUGUUCACAAUCCUGCUGUUCCUCCUGCCUACAACUGCACUCUAUUAUUUGGUGUUUACCCUGCUCCGUUUGCUGGUGGUGAUUGUGCAAGGCCUCAUACACUUGCUGGUGGACCUGAUUGACUCUCUGCCUCUUUAUUCAAUCCUCCUUCGGCUCUGCAGAUCCUACAGACUCGCCGCUGGUGUGAAGUUCAGAGUCCUUGAGCAGCAGGAUGGAAAACCUCUUCGCCUCCUUAUGCAGAUCAACCCUCUCUCAUAUGGCAGCGUGGUACAGACAUACAGGCUGCCAACCUACAGCUGUUACCCCAAGGAUUCCUGGACAUCUCUCUGCAAGAAGCUGUUCCUUGGAGAGCUCAUCUACCCUUGGAAACACAAAGGAGAGAAGCAGGACUAAAGCCAUCAAAAGAGCUUGAGAGAC